GCACUGUCCUCGAUUUGUGGUGGACGAAUUUCUAGUUGUACUCGCGAUCGGGGCGAGCGAAUAUUAAUUACCAUUGUCGACUUUCUCACGCUUCCUUUAACCGAUGCCAGCUGAAGUCACCCUAGGAGCUGAACUCUACUCCAGUACCGGGACGCAGGGUUCGUCUUCGGUACCCUACCUUACCCCACUCAGGGAAACUACGCUAUUUUCUGCUUAUGCGUCCAUCUUCCCUUGAAGAGAAUCUCUUUUAGCGUCACGCAGGAUUUCAGAUUUAGUACUCUAUCUCAUUUGGGCAGGAUUUUACCAAUCUCUAAUCAUUUUCCCAGCCACAUAGGUUUGGUUACAUUCUUCAGGCCGAAACCUCUGUGAUAUUCAACGUUAAGAUAUGGACUCGAUUCCUAUCAGUCUUGAAUUUCCUUCCGAUGUCAUCAGAGCCCAAGUGAUGUCGUAUGAAACUCAAAAUCAGAUUGACGCAGUAGUUGCCGAACAUACCAGGAUAUUCGAGGAAACUGUCAGGCAGCACCAUCUCACUAUGGCACUGUACAAUGCACGGCGUAAUUCCAUGGCCCUCAUCAAUGGUCGACUCCUUCCGGAGCUACUGUCUGAAAUAUUCAUGCACUGCAUGCGUAUGUCCUUCGGCUACUCCUGGAUCAAGGUUGCCCAUGUAUGUCGAUAUUGGAGGGCGGUUGCGUUGGCUUCCCCUUCGCUCUUCUCCAGCAUAGAUGUAGUGCGUCUUAAAGACCCUGGGCAACUUGAUGCGUGGCUUCGAUUUUCGAAACAAGCCCUUUUGGACGUUAGAAUUGCGGAGUCUUAUGGUUAUGCUUGGCCGAAGAUUUUUCCGGAGAUCACUCGUAUCCGCUCACUCCACAUCUAUAUCAUCAGUAAAAGUCCCGUUUGCACUACUCAGUGGCCGACAUGCCCUCAAAUGAUUUCGCUUUUUUGGGAGAAAGAAGUAUCUUUCCCCGUUCAGUUAGACGAUUCUACACCGAUCGAUUUUCAUCGUACGUUUCCAAACUUGCAAUCUUUGGAUGUGCGGAUGAAGAUGAUUCAAAGGAGUUGCGGGAAGUAUUUACUUCCGGCUUCACUCAGAAUCCUCAAGAUCACCGAGGAGCACAGUGAUCACAUUGGUACCCUGCGAGAUUGGCUGUUGACCUUUGAGGCACUGCCUGCUUUGGAGAUCCUCGAGCUUUCUGGUAUUGCUGAUUUCGCAUUCUCAACGGCGCCAGUUCCGACCAUUGUCAGACUGCCACGUUUAGGAAGUUUAACCUUGACGAGAUUUGGUAUAAUUCCCGGCUAUUCCUUGUUGCAACACCUGUCGUGGGUACACAAUAUUAGACUUGAGCUGGAUUUUCAGGCAAGCCUUGAAAGCGCUAAGCACUUGAUUUCUCCCUUUGCUCGUAUGCUUCAGCUGCGUUUGCUUUCAUUCCCACCUCUUCCCCUUCGUACAGGCGAGAUUUAUGCUCGAAUCGCACCUGGAUUGUUGGCAUUCGCUGCAUCAACACUGGUACAAAAAUUUCGCAUCGGCGGCACAAGCGGUUUCUUUACAGAACCUCGGGAAAUCGAGGUUUUGAUCGAUAUUAAACAUCCUAUGGAGUCACAAAGCAUUAGCGACCUCCCGAACGUGGCAGAAGCAUUCCAUACCGCCUGCGCGCCAGUCGUAUCUGAAGUCGACCAUCUUGUCAUCGAUCUUGCUGUCCGCGGUAACCUCGAGUUGAAUAUCGGAAUUCACAAAAUUGCCAGCGGCCUACAGAACGUUGUAUCUCUACAAUACAAGUUAUGUUGGGACCAUCAUGCUCUUUAUGAACUGCUUUCUCCUUCCGCAACAGAUUCUAUCGUGUUUCCCAAGUUGAAUAAACUAUGGAUCGUCUGGUCAGGUGUACCCGCAGGCUCGGAUAUCGUAUCCACCACCUUGAUCGCACUCUGUAGUAUUCUGCGCGCGAGGCAGGCCAGACAGCAUCCGCUAAAGCACUUGGUGCUGGAUGUUACGGAAUGCAUGUGGCAUCAAGAUGCACAGAUCAUGAUAGAUGUGUAUCUUAUGCAGCUCGGAGCGUUGCAGGAGGUGUCAGGUCAUGUGGAGAUUAUUGACACAGUACUCACAGAUCGUAUACUAAAUGAUAUACGUUGGGGCGAUUGAGUGGCAUCGGGUAAGGAAGGAUUGAAACUUACGGGGGAGAACUGGGCUCGAAAAUGCGGGACAGAACUCUAAAAGCAGAACCGUGCUCUUUGAAGAACAAAUUGGUCCUUUUCUUGUACAUAUAUUAUUAUAUAUACGUCAAACGUAGAUUAACUGUAUUCUCUCUCGGAAAUUAUGCGAAGUACUCGUUUCA